GAGAUGACGUCAGAUCCUGCGGCUCAUAAACAUAUCAGCAACCUACGUUACGCGCCAUCUUCUAGCUACCGACCAGAAAAUAUACGUAGCAUAUAAACCCACUUGCUUAUUUUUUGUCCAAAUAACCGCUUUUAUUAGCUAUACCGAGCAAUGAGUGACCUUGAGGAAGGAAACUAUGAAGGGCGGGUUAUUGAACCUGAAGGAUUUGAAGAGUUUUAUCCAAGAAUGAUGAAGAAAAUUUUCAAGAUAAAAGAAGGCUAAUGAAAACAUAUACAGAACAGAACAUAGAGCUGGAAAGGGAGGAAGUGUACCGGAAGAAUGGUGUCAGAUAGACGCGCUUGCAGUGUAAUGGCUAAAAUGAAACAGACCUGGAAUCAGAAAAUGAGAAAACUGAAAAAAGAAGAAUGAAGAAGGAUAGAAAUCCUCAGAGAAGGGAGUAGCGUGUAAAGAAUCUGGAAGAAUGAAUGUGUCCCUAGGUUAAGUAAAUAUAUUGUUUGUGUCAAAAUGUCUUUUCUUUAUCAUGCUCCGUUUGUGUAACAUAAGAAAAUGCAUGUUUUUUUUCCCCCGUUUUAAUAGUCCAGGUGAACAUGUACAUUUUUUAAAUAUAUAUAUUUUAGUAAUAUGCCACACAGAGGUUCAUUUAUUGAAAUUACAUGAUUACUAACCCUUUUUCCCGCAGUAUAUAGGCUGUACAUUUUAGAUAAGUGUACUCUGUGUGAUACUUCCAUUAUAUUUGACUACUUAUUGUGAUUUGUAGAAAUAAAAAAAAUAAAUUUUGAAUGAGUAAAGGUUGUUAACAUACUGCUAUGGCAAUAGGCGUCACGCUCCCCAUCUAAAUCGGAUCGUGGGAGUCCAGCUCGGGUCAAGUCGGAGAGCAGGUCUGGCUCUCCGAGCCCAUCCCGGGUCUCCAAACACUCCGAGUCCAGAUCACGCUCUCAGUCAAAAUCCAGAUCUCGUUCUAGACGGCACUCAAACCGCCGGUACAGCCGUUCACGCUCUCGGUCCUAUUCCCACCGGAGGAAGUCCCGUUCUCGUUCCUACAGCCCUGAAUACCGGCGCAGGAAGAGCCAGAGCACGUCCCCUAUGUCAAACCGGCGCCGUCACACCGGCAGUAGGAGCCAUGACUUCACAAAAGAAGCAUACAGUCAUGGCGGUGGUGCUGAUGUUAGGGCGAACCCUGAUCCGAGCACGUGUUUGGGGGUGUUUGGUUUGAGCCUGUACACGACUGAGCGUGACCUGAGAGAGGUGUUUUCACGCUACGGUCCUUUGGCUGGAGUCAACGUGGUGUACGACCAGCGCACAGGUCGCUCCCGUGGAUUUGCCUUUGUUUACUUUGAGAGGCUUGAAGACUCUAAAGAGGCAAUGGAGCGAGCCAAUGGCAUGGAGCUGGAUGGGAGGCGCAUCAGAGUGGAUUAUUCCAUUACUAAACGUCCCCAUACCCCUACGCCAGGAAUCUACAUGGGCCGACCUACACACAAUGGUGGUGGUGGUGGGGGUGGGGGUGGUGGCAGCAGCAGAAGGGGAAGAGAGUCAUAUUAUGACCGCGGUUAUGACCGCUACGACAGAUAUGACGAGUACGACUACAGAUAUAGUCGCAGGCGCUCUCCAUCGCCGUACUACAGUCGAUACAGGUCUCGCUCACGGUCUCGCUCCUACAGCCCACGACGUUACUGAGUUGCUUCUUUCAACAUUCAGCAUCCCUCCAAUAACUGAUGGGUGUGUGUGUGUGUUUGCGUGUGGUACAUCAAAGUGUUUCAGUGGGAAACAUUUUGAUUAAGCAUGUCUAUAUCAGCAGAACUCUUGAGUUUUAAAGUAGUUCUUGUUUACAUGAAAUAGAUGUCUUAAUUUUUAGACCUUUGGAUGCAUCCGUGUUGAGUUUGAGCACAGAAAUCAGCACCUGUGGCUUACUCUUGCCUCAUUAUUAGACCUCCAUCUUUCCUUCCUCCAUCUUUUCUUCCUCCUUCAUUUUCUGGAGCUCGGAUCGCCGUGUUUUGCUCACUUAUGGUUGAUCAGAUUUGUUGUACUCAUCACUGUUAACUUUGUACUCAAGAUGGGGAAAGAAAAAAGUGACACCUGAUUUUGCAGCCUGUAUUAAUGAUGCACUCUGUGUGUAUAAAUGUAACAAAUUAAUGCGAGUGUUAAUUUUGACACUAAAUAACUUUAAUGGUAACUAAAUCAGGUGGUUAAAAUGAAGUGUUACCAACAUCAGAAGUUCAUUUUUUUUUUUUUUCCCCAGUCAAGAAGUCAUUGUUUAAGUUUUCAGAGAGUUUUAAUAUCAUGUUUUGCAAUUUGUUUUAUUUUUAUUGUUGUUUCUUUGUAUGGAAAAUACAAAUUUAUGAAAACCGCGAAA